CCUGAAGUGCAAGUGUUGUGUAAAAACGUUGUGUAGAUAGUUGUAUAUCACAUGUAUUUGUAUCGUAGAACAAUUUUUGUGAAUAUGGGGGCAUUGUUAUGGAUUUAAAUCAAACGUUUUGAAUCUGAAGUGGAUGACGUGAAGACGAAUAAAGGAAAAUGGCCAGAGUUCAUAAUGAGUUUAAACUCACCACCACUGAUAAGAUCUAUGUGGUGGGUGGUCCCGGAGAUGAUGUCACCCUCCCCUGUCACCUCUCACCUGAGACCAGUUCUGUUGCCAUGACGAUCAGGUGGUUUAGGUGGACAGAGUGUAUUUACCUGUAUAAGAAUGGCCAGGUGACAGAGAGGAGUAGCUAUGAGGGCAGAGUGAGUCUGAUCACCCAGGAGCUGGAGAGAGGCAACGUGUCUCUGAGGCUGCGAGACUACAGGGGGAGGCCAGAUGAAGCAGUCUACGUCUGUCAGGUCAUCCAUGGAGAACAGAAGGAGGAGGCUGCAGUGUAUUUAUGGGACACUGAAGGAGGAUGGCAUUUGGAUUCAGGUUCAGAGUAUUUACAAAUUGAGACCCAGAAGGAGAAGCAGACGAGGGAAGCGUCAUCUGGUGAGCUUGAGUUGAAGAUGGAAAAAGAAUUAAAAGACAUAUCCAGACUACCAGCGGUACAUAUUGUACUUGAAGACAAAGAAAAACAACUAGAGGAGAUGAGGAAGACAUUGAGGGAAUCUGAAGAGAAGCUAAAAGACAAGGACUCAACACUGGAGGAGAGGAAUAAAGAACUGAAGGACACAGAGAGCAGACUGGAGAAAACCACAAAGCAACUGAAUGAGAACAUCAAACACCUCCAGGAGAAAGAUACACAACUGGAGGAUAUGACCCAGCAAGUGAGAGAGAAAGAGAGACUACUGGAGGACACUGCCGAGGUGGAGAAGAGUAAGAGACAACUGGAGGCACUGGGGAAGGACCUGCAGGACAAGAAUAGCCAAGUAGAGAACUUCAGAGUCCUACUGCAGGAUAGAGACAGUAAACUAGAGGACAGGAACCACAAACUGGGAGAGAAAGACAAGGAACUAGAAGAGAUAAACAAACGACUGCAAGAGCAAGACAAACAACUACAACAGAGAGAGAAACAGUUACAGGAUAGCAACAAGCAACUAAAAGACAAAGAGAAACAACUAGAAGAGAGAGAUAAACUACUGGAGAAUGUCAGGAAAGACAAUACACAACUUGCUCAACAGAUAUGUGAUGUGAAGACUGAGGUAGAGAGACUGAGAAGAGAGACCUCAGCCCAGAUGACUGUGGGAGGAGAGACUUCAGAUACAGACACCACUCUCCUAAUCAAGAAGAGACACAGCAUGAAAGAACCUCUACAGAUGGGAAGAGAGAGCAGCAGUCCAGACUCCCCAGUGUCUCCCAGUGUGUCUGAGCUGAGACUGGUGCUGCUGGGGAGGACUGGGGCUGGGAGGAGUGCAGCAGGAAACACCAUCCUGGGCAGAGAGGAGUUUGGGGCCCAGGCCAGCCCCUCUGCAGUGACCCAGAGGAGUAAGAGGAGAGUGGGGGAAGUGUGUGGGAGACGGUUGGUGCUGGUGGACACUCCAGACUGGUUCUGUCCUGGACUCUCUCUGGAGGAGAUUAGACAGGAUGUGGGGCUCUGUGUCCGUAUGUCUGCCCCGGGACCCAACGCCUUCCUUCUGGUCAUAUCAGUGGAGCCCUCUAAUGGGGAGGAGAGAGGGGUGCUGGAGAGAAUGGAGGAGAUGUUUGGGGAGGGUUGUUGGGGACACACUGUGAUUCUAUUCAUCCAUGCUGAUGGCCUGAAAGAGCAGAGCAUUGAGGAGUUUCUCCAAGCAGGGAGUCAGGACCUCCAGCAACUUGUAGAGAAAUGUGGGAGCAGGUACCACGUCCUCAACAUUAAGGACAGGCCCCAUGGCACUCAGGUCCCAGAGCUGCUGGAGCAGGUAGAGGAGAUGGUGGCAGGAAACAGAGAGAGAUUCUACAGCAGUCAGACCUACCAGGAGGCAGAGACCCAGGUCAGAGAGAUGGAGGGAAAGAUCCAGAUGGAGAGACUGGAGAGGAAACAGAGGGAGGAGAGAGAGAUGAGAGAGAGGCUUGAGAAGGAGCUGCAGGACUCUCUGUUGAAGAAAGAUGGCGUAAUCCAGAAGCUCAAGAGAGAUAUCAGGAUACUCAGAGAACGAAUAACUGAACUGGAGAGACCGAAGGAAGAAGAAAGGGAUGAGGAGAAGAAAAGAGAGCUGGAGAGAGAGCUACAGAGAUUUAGAGAGAAGAGAGAUAGGAAGGAGAUGGAGGAGAGACACGGGCAGGAGAUUGAGGAGAUGAGGGGAAACUAUGAAGGAGAGGUCAGAGUUGAAGCAGACAGAAACCUGAUGAAGAUAGUCCUACCUGAGUUACAGAGGAACAUCAUGAUCUCACAGACAAAGAUGGAGAGGGAGUUAAGCAGACAGUUUGGGGAGAAGGUUAGACAGAUGGAGGAGAAGGAUGGAGAAAUGGAGAGACUGAGACAUAACUUGAAAGAGGUCAGUGAAGCUCACUCAGUGUUGGAGGAGAGACUGGUAGGAGAGGGGAGAGGUCAGAGGGCACUGAGUGGAGUGUUGGGCUGGGUCAGGAAAAACUCAUCAAGUUGGGUUCUCCACAAUCUGAUAUGAUUCACCAUCACAGUCCAUGUCUAAAACCAGUUUAGAUCUACUGUCCACUGUACCGUGGUGUGUCAUAGUGACCAUGGGGAAUACAGGUCAGAAUAAUGUCUGGUUCUGUCUACAGUAUCUAGAGAAGGAAUGGGCAGGGUCUGUACAGAUCUUGAUGAGACUUAGACCGGGAUUCCAAACCAACGUAGAUGAGUAACUUCACACAGAGUGGAGGGUGCAGGAGGAGCUGCUGGAGGGGACCUGGGGGAGUCAGAGACUGAGAACUAAAGAUCUAAAUUAGACUUUUACUCAGUGUUGGAGGAGGGCCACUAUUGAACAGAGAGAGAACUACACUGUAUUUACCCAACAUGAAACAUACAGUAGAUGUCUAUACAAUGUGACUGAUUAUGAACAGGACCUAUUGCGGGGUAAAUACAGUGUGGUUCUCUCUAUGUUCAAUAGUGGCCCUCCUCCAACACUAUCUCUACAGUGUAUGAUUAAUGAGUUAUUCAUUUCAUUACAUACAGUGCCUUGCAAAAGUAUUCAUCCCCCUUGGCGUUUUUCCUAUU